AUGAGCUUUGUAGGCGUCUCUCGAUUAACCCUUCUGUCUCCGUCUAGCUCCGUUUCCGUCCUCUUCCUUUCUCCUAAUUCCUUUCACGAAGAUGAUAUUGAGGCAUUAGUACUCUCUGGAGAACUCUUCAACGGGCCUGAACGAUCAUCGUCACCGACGAGAUCAGUGUCUCCGUCUUCAGACCAUGGCUGGCACGAUGAGGACCUUCAAAACUUUGACGACGAGCUCAAAACUCCUCCAGAAACCGAGCCUGAGCACCAAGAAUCCAUAGGCAUGGGCCCAGGCCGUACAGGCGUCAAGGGUGUCAUUCGUGACCGAGACGAAGCUGAGGAAAUAAAUAGACAAAGAAGGAUAACUGAAAUGGACGAAAUAAGACGGAAGAUGGAGAAAAGCAGUUUAGGGGGUAAGACUUUUCUGGAAGAGGAACGGGAGAAAGGCGGAGAUGAGAAGGUGGACGAACUUGUGGCGAAGGAACGGGAAAAGGAGAAUGAGAGAAGGGAUGUGUUCGGUAGACCUAGGGAAGGAAAGUUUGGUCAUCUUCGAGAGGUUGACGUGCAUAAUUAUUUGAAUGCGGUGGAGAAAGAGGAGAAGGGUGUAUGGGUCGUUGUUCAUUUAUAUGAACCUUCAUUGGAUCGAUGUUUUCUCUUAGACGAUGCACUCGCUCAUCUAGCGCGUGUAUACCCGGAUACAAAAUUCCUGCGGUGUCGUGCUGCAGCGCUUGGUUUUGCAACCACUUCGAAACCGAAACCGAUCUCUGCUACGCGACUAUCGAAGAGAUCUAUCCGAGACGACAAUGACGACGACGAAUUAUUUGGAGAGAAAGAUGAAAAUGAAGAUGAAAGCUCGUAUGAGGAGGAUAACGUCGAUCUCGAUAUGCUUCCUACUAUGCUUGUCUACCGAGACGGCGAGCUCGUCCAUAAUUGGGUCAGGGUGGAUUGGGAAGCAGGCGAUGCUGGUGUGGAAGAACUGCUUGACAAACAUCAUGUACUCCCAAAAACAGAGACCUUCUUUGGACGAUUUUCUGUUCCUAGCGACAGCGAAGAGGACGAUCUGAUUUGGAGUGAUGAGGAUAGUUAG